AUGUCUUCUGGUAGUGGGACUACAUGUAGAGGCUCUAUGUCGGCGAAUCCUGGCUUUGGGAGGGCUGAUAGGAAAGUUGCGUGUUGUGAGAAGUGCGCAGCGACCCUUGUUGCUCUGAAGAAACAAGCUCUGAGCCUGGCUGUUCACCAUCACUACUCCUGCAAGGACUCAAGUGACCUGUCAGCAUUUCUUAAUGACAACCUUCGUGUCCAUAGUCGGUCCACCAUUGAAUCCAAGGACAGAGAGAGGGAGCAGGGCCAGUGUGCAGUCUGUGAUACAAACCUGAACCAGCUCAAACAAGAAGCCAUCCACCUGGCUCUGACCAGGGGUCAGUCAUUAGCUAAGCCUCCCUUUGAACACAGCCUCAGCACUGGCUCACUGCUGAGACAAAGUGAGCCAAAGCAUGGGGAUAGGGCUUCAACAGAAGCAUCCAUAACUAUGCAACAACCACCCUGUCGAAUCCAUAGUCCUCACAGCCAACAGAGCCCCAGAAAGCCUCAGAGGACCCAUCAAACCCUCAGACAGAGGGGGCCCAAACUCUACAACUCUGACAUGAACCGCUGGGUAGAGGAACAGCAGCAGCUGGUCGCUUCCAAAACCCUAUCCAACGCUGAUGGAGUCACCAUCUACCCUCACCAUCAGGCUGCAGAUGAUACAACACUGGGGUGUGGUGAUGCUGGGACUGUACAGACAAGCUCAAAGAUCCCUCACAUCUUCAGAGUGGUGACCAUUGCCAACACUGCUGCUAUGUCCUUUUUGGCCAGGGCAGCCGAGAAGCUCAACUUGACGUCAAGGAAAAAAUGCCAGGCUUCCGAUUCAGCUCCUGCGCAUCUUUCCACCUACUUCAGGGAGAUCAUCAAGAAAAACCCACCGCCCGUCCCUUCCUGCCUGCUCCAGGCUGCCACCAGAACCAAAGACUUACCCAAUGUUGGCAAGGUCAAAGUCUUGCUGAGGGUAAGCCCAACACUGUCAGGGGGCCAAGGCAAACCACCUAUUCUCCAGAUUGACCCAUCCAAGAAAAGAGUGACCAUAAGGGGACCAGUCAGCAAAAGCCAACCACCCUCUACAAUGAUACAAGGCAGGGAUGGCAAAAAUCUUGUGAAGACAUUCAUCUUUGAUGCUGCCUAUCCUCAAGAGUCAAGCCAGGCUGAGGUGUGUGCAGAGGUCUUAGCUGAUGUCAUCCGCUGUGUGCUCAGUGGCAUCGAUGGAUGUGUUCUGAGUUUGGGAUGUGCUGGUGUGGGCUCUGGGUCCACCAUGGUGGGGAGUGAUGACAGCAUCCAGAAGCUCGGGCUGAUUCCCUGUGCCAUCUCCUGGCUGUACAGUGCCAUUGAGCGGCGGAGGGAGAAGACCUGGACUGAUCUGACUGUAUCAGUGUCUGCUAUUGAGCUCUGCUGUGGAGAAGAGGACACACUGAGAGAUCUACUGGGGGAGGUUGUCCCGUCAUUAGGCGGUAUGCAGGACAGCCCGAGAGCCCGUAUUAGACUCCAAGACGAUCCCAUCCAUGGGAUACAGCUACGUAACCACAACCGGGUGAAGGCCCCCACUGCUGAGCGUGCUGCUUCCCUCCUGGACGCAGCCAUUGCAGCUCGUCGGCACAGUGACUUCAUUACAUACCUGUCCCACAGUUCCAUAAUGUUCUUCACUCUCCACAUCCAGCCCCCUCGUACAGAAAGCAGCACCACUGGCAAAGGUUCACGUGGCCCCACUAAGUUGACGAUGAUAGAUGUGUGUAUUGGUAUGAGGGGUACAAGCAAAAAUAAACCUCCUCAUUCUGAACUGGGCCCUGUUGUCUCGUCUCUACUAAGUGGACAUAAAACCACUCUCAACAAGGGUAGUAAGUUGACUAUGCUCCUUCAAGAGUCCUUGGGUCAUACAAAUUGCCACACUGCAGUGAUUGCUGAAGUUGCUGAUUCACUGGCACACCUUCAAGACACCCUAUCCACCAUCCAGCUGGCUUCUCGCAUUCGCAGGACACAGAAAAGGAUGAAGCAAUCCACCUCAUGCUCUCCUGGUGGAAGGAGUUUAACUAAAGAAAAGAGAGGGCCUCAGUCUUUGCCCCUGCGGGCGUUCCACUCCACUGAUGAGGUAGAUAUUGACAUCCAUCCUUUCCGUCUUCGUGGUGAACUAGAUGAGCAUUCCAGUAGUGACCAGUCCUGUGACACAGUCAUCCAAAUAGACUCAAAUGGCUUUGUCCAGUCUAAAGCAGCCCCAAAGCUGGCACAACCUAAAUUUGUGCCCAUCAUACCUUCUUUGCAUCCUAACAAGGCAGACUUGGAUGACCCGGAGUUUACCGCUCUCCUCCAAGAGCUUCUGAAAAUUCCUCAGCUGCAGGGAGAGAAGAAGAAUGAAAAAACUGUCCAAGGGCAUACUGAAAUGCUCAAACCAGAGCCACCAGAGAGGGAUUGUCUUAAAUGUGAAACAUUUGCUGAACUUCAAGAGCGUUUGGGCUGUAUUGAUGGAAGUGAGAUGACAAUGGAUGUGGUCAAGUCAAAAGGCUCUUCUAUUAACAAUGUCACAACCAAAUCACAAACCCAGAAAGAAGCAGGGAAACAGAGAGACACUGAAUCAUCAGAAGCACCACAGACCUCUGUUGGAAAAAAGCUAACAGAUGGUGCCUUCCCUGGAGACAGUUUUCAGAGAGAGGAUUCUGGUCUGUAUGACUGUGAGGAGUGCAGUGCAACCAGUUCCAGUGAGGAACUCCUGAAUCAAACUCUCUGUCUGAACCUGACCUGUAACUCGGAGAUUCCCAACACUAGAACGCUUAAGUCAGGUGAUAAGCUCCCUUCUCAGGAGUUUGAUGUGGAUGCCCAGGACAUUACCGUCCCCAGUUUCCUUGCACCUCAGCCUACAGGAAAACAGGAGAGUCUUGAAGCUGCUGACUGGUUCAAACCAGACAAAAGGACCUCACCAGUUGGCAAGAGUUCCCCUAUAUCUCCUUCCUCCUCCUGCUCCUCUACACACUCCCUGGCUACCAGUGUUAUAAAUGGGGGUGCCUUACCUAAUCACCCCACAGAGGAUGUUAAAGAAAUGAAGGCCACCAUCACAGUGACUGUUCAACAGCCACUGGACUUAAAAGGUCAAGAUGAACUUGUCUUCUCUAUGGUAGAGGAAGUGACCAUCAGUGGAGCUUUGAACAGAGGGAGGACAGGUGGAAACAUUAUUUGUAUCAGAGACACCGCCCAGUCACAGGCACAUGCUCAAGGCUCUUCCAGCUCUCAACCAAUCAGGAUAAUCAGCAAUGACAGUGAAGAAUCUGCAGCCACAGGUUCCUCUAAUACAACCAAAACCUCAAUUGUUCAGCCUGUAGCCACAGAUGCUAGCAUUGAAAAGUCCCAGUAUCAAUUCAGAAGGGAAAAAAAAUUCUUACCUUCAUUUAUUAAUCCCAUGCUGAUUAAUAUGCAUGUGGAUUGUGAUUUGGUUGGGGAUAAAGAAAAAAAAAGUCCUCAUUACAUUUUCACAGGAGUCAAGCCAGGGUCUGAACUCAAAAGAAAUAAUUUCAAAUGUCCAGAAGACAAAAAGAUUCUUGAGAAGAAGAGUGAAGCUUUUGCCUCUGAGACACAUGUCAAAAAGUCUUACAAGGUAUGUGACUCACCUUUUAGCCAAAUUUCUUUUGACCCCAUGGUCUUGGAAGACUCAGCUUUCUGCCAUGAAACUGCAGAGGAUAAAAUGUGUGGGAAGAGACCAGGGAAGAGACACCCUAGAGACAGGGAACUUGUUUAUUCCACUAACACUCAGAGGAACUCAGAGGGGGGAAAAAUCAUCUCCAAAUGUGCUGGGAAUGCCCCCAUGAGAAUUGCUGUUUCACCAGGUUACCAAGAAACUGCCCCUGCUUCCUUUAAGACAGGUAGUUUGCCUAGAGGCUGGCAAAAUGCCAACCACCCAGACACCUCCAAUGGCAGUCACAUGGCAGAUGACCACAGAGACCCAAGGGGGGUGACAUCAUCCACCCUAUGUAGCCCAGGGGUAACUCUGGAGAGGAGGCAGGGCAGAAAGCACUCCCCAGCAAACCACAGCCUCCAUGUCUCCUCUCCUUGGAAAUACAGAGCAGAGUACAAACAGGAAGCUAGUAGCGCUCCCAGAGAGGUUGUUGGAUCUUUGUGUGAGACUUCAAGUCUAAGAAUCAAACAUGAUAAUAUGAGUGGGAGGCUGAAGUCACCCAUUGAAGACACUGGCAGGCUUUUCAGUGCCAAAUUGGAGCAGCUGGUUAGCAGGACAAAUUCCCUUGGGAGAACCCCAAACGACUUUCCAAUUCUGGAUAGAGGCAGUAGCAACACCUUUAUGAGCUCUAAGGGGAGCUCUAAGGGAAAUAUUGAAGGAGUUUGUAAGGGAGGUUAUAAAGGAAACAAUGAGGGACAUUGUACCUUACCAAGGGCUAGCAAGAGCCCCAGGAAGAAUCCUCAGUCUCACCAGAGUCAUCACUUCUUCUCCUUUGAAAACCCUGUAACUCAAUCUUCCAAGCAUACCCAUUACAAAAUCUCUGCUUUUGGGAAACUUAAGAUGGCUACCCCCAAAGUCUGUCAACUAACUGCCCCCAGCAUCAAGAACCUCAAUCUCUUCCACGAAGGCCUGCGGCACUCCAUCAACCAUAGCGCCAGUUUUUCCCCAGACAGUAAAACUAUUGGCUUUGAGGGGACAUCCUCCUUUCUCUCCUCUUCCCCUCCACGGUCUUUUCACUCGAUCAGUCGGACUCCAAGCCUGAGCACCACAUGUUCAUCCACAAAAUCUGCCAUCCAGGGGUUUGUCAACGGCCGGAUCUCAGACCUCCUUAAGGAAAGGCCCUCCAACCCGACCUCAGGAGAAGUGGACCAAGUUACCUCUUUUCCCUCGCCAUACAGUCGGGUGACUGCUCCCCGCAUGCCUGAUCAUCUGAGUGGGCAGGCGAGUGACACCACCAGUGUGUUGAGUGGCGAUUUGCCACCCGCUAUGGGGAAGACAUCCCUGUAUUUCUCUAACAGAAACAGUGUGAUCAGCAGUGGAUAUGACAGCAUGGUGAGGGACAGUGAAGCCACAGGCAGCAGCAACUCAAACAGAGAUUCUGUUAGUGACAGGAGUGGCUCUCUCCUUAGUGUGGCUCGCAGCUGCAGAUCAUCUCGGAGGAAGGGCAGCACAGGUACUCACCAACGUCAUCUUUCCCAUGAUACAGCCCUGUCUCUGAGAUGCUCGGCUAGUGGUCUGCGGUCUCUCCGGGCCGAUCGGGGGAUCCCAGGGCCCUACGAGAUAAAGGUCUAUGAGAUCGACAAUGUGCAGAGGAUGCAGAAAAGAGCAGGGCCCUGCAUGCUUCAGUGCCAAGCUGAAAUUUUUGGAGCACCGUCAGCAGAGGAUCUCAGCAGUCCAAGCCAAAUACAACAACCUGAGGAGAGAGCUGGAGCAGGCCAAACACAACCUCAUGCUGGAGCCUGCCAAGUGGAACCAAGAGUUCGACUUGUGGAAGACAUUCGAGGUGGACUCCCUGGAGCACCUGGAGGCCCUUGA